AUGGAUACAAAUGGUAAUAUAUUUUAUGAAUGCAGUCCAGGUAAUUUCAUUCAUUGUUUUUGUUCAACAGGUAAACAUUUAAUAAUCGCAGAAUCUCCCAUUGACACACCAUCCGAUAUCCAACUUCAUUACGUGAGUGAAGCAACACCUGAAAAAUCAACUAUAAUAAGUGAUAAUGUACUGAUAGCUAAAUAUAAGGAUGUUGCGCCCCGGACACCUAUAAUCAAGAAUAUUUUCAUAGCUGGUUCUAAGUCUAUAUAUCUGGUGAUAAAUCUAACCGAUGGUGUGCAGGUCAUUCCAUUUAUUGCCAAACAAAAUGAUCUAGGAAAUAAAAAUGAUACCAUUGAAAACCUCAAGUGGUUUAUACCUAAUGUACAUGAUUCAGUUCAAAGUUUAGAUAUAAUGACAGAGACUGAAGAAAAUAUUGAUUUUAUUGUGGGAACAACGUUGGGCCACAUUUAUUGCAUUCGUUAUGAAAUUUCAAUUCAAUCAUUCAUACUUCUCAAGAGCUUCAAGAAAUGGGAGAAUAUAACACAGGAUUCAAUCAAUUGUGUUAGGAGUCACGGAAACGAAGUAGUCAUUGCAUCCUUUGAUAAUUUUUUGUAUUCGAUUAUUGAUAAGAAAUGUGAAUCACAUCAUAUUGAUGUAGAUAUUUCAAAAAGACUCGAUAACGUCAAGGAGCAUACCCUAGUUUAUGUAGAUUUUUUAAAAAUUAAGAAAUAUUCUACGUCAUACAUGAGAUACUAUUUGGUAAACAUUAGUAAUUAUGGAUGUGUUAUUUACCAUAGGACUAUACGUGAACAAUGGGAAACUUUACAAUUGUUACCUCGGGACCUAAAUCAGGGCGAAGAAGAGUUUACACCUUUAAUUGACUGCGUCAUUGUUAAGGGAUCUAACAAAGAUGAACUCAUGUUGCUUUGUGGAAGUGAACAUGGUAAAUUAUAUAUCUGGACUUACAAUUAUAGAAUCAAAGAACUUACGUCAACGAAGAUACACAGGGUGUCCAAAGCUGGUCUUGUACACAACAUCAUCCUAACGAAUGAUUCAAAGAUUACUUGUUUGACAAAUGAUGAGACGUCUAUCAAUAUAUUAUAUUUAUAG